UGAGUUACUCGCUCGAUGAGCUUCUUCCUCCUCAACUCAUCUCCCCUUUGUAACAAACGACCCACUUCUCGGCAGACGGUGAAAGCUUUCCUCAACGACAUGAUGGAUAGCAACAAGGGACACAUCGUCAACAUUGCAUCCAUGGCGGGCUGGAUCGGCUGCAACGGCCUCGUCGACUACUGCUCUUCCAAGUUCGCUGCCGUCGGCUUCGAUGAGGGACUGAAGCUGGAGCUGAAGGUGCUGGGCAAGACCGGCGUGAAAACCACAUGUGUGUGCCCCAUCUACAUAAGCACCGGAAUGUUCGAAGGUGUUCAGUCCAGGGUCCUGCCCAUCCUCACCCCGGAGUACGUGGCGCAGGAGGCCGUAGACGCCACACUCAUGAACCAGAGAAUGCUGAUGCUGCCGCCCUACGUGAGGCUCCUGGCGCUCUGCAGAGUGAUCCUUCCAGACAAAGCCAACUAUUUCCUGGGAAAGAUCGCCGGCGUUACCGUCAUGAUGGACAACUUUGUCGGCAGGAGCAAGAGUCGCUAGGGACCUGCGAGAUAAGUCUUCGAUACCGUCACAAAGCGAGCGCAAGAAUGAAUCAGGGAGAACAAUGGAACAUCACUGCUGACAUUUGCGAUGUUAUUUUGACAUUCCAUUAGAUUAGUGAUUCUCAACCCUUCCUCUGUCAUUUACCCCUUCGCCUGGAACUACUUUACCCCCCUUAUUUGCAUAAAAAAGUUGUGGUUAUUAAGAUUUUUUUAAUGAAUUAAUCUUGAUAAAAAGAAAGAUAUAGUUAUUGUCCAUUCGGUUUUAAAAAGCCAGAAGCAUCAUCAUUUGAUUCAUUAAGUCAUCCACUUCACUCACUUAAAGUUACCACGCGAACACCACGUGGCAAUAUCCGUCGCUUCCGCCCUCCGUACUAAUAUAGAUUUACCCUCUGCCAUGUAGAAUUUUUUACCCCAGCGGAUAACGUAACCCCCGGAUGAGAAUCACUGCCUUAUAUAUACAUAUAUGCUUUGUCGCGAACACAUCAGAAUUUUCGAAACUCGAAAUAUCGCAACUACCGACUCUUAAAGUAUUUUUCUUAAUGUCCAACCUUUUGGCUCUCGAAGCUAUUCAGUAACAUUAAUCGCAGCUGACUCUGUAUCUCCGUCAACUCCGCAGCAAAUGUUUAGAAAUCCGAAUCAUUCACUGAAAUCUGAAUUACUCACUGAAACUGCCAGUCGCUGUAAAUGUCAGUCCUUUCAAAUGUCUGCAAUAAAGGAAUGGCACAUUAA